AUGGCUGCGACGCGGAAGGCCGGAGACGCGAACGGCGCGGCGUCGGAGGAGACCGUGGUGGCAGAGGUCACCGCGCAGCCGCACGGCGCCGUGCUUGUGCUAGACGAGAAGUCGCGCAAGGUGGUGGCGGCGAGCGAGAACGUGCUGCUCUUUAUCCCAGACGUGCGCGCGGCGGGCGGAGUGGCUGCGUCGGAACACGCGGGCGCGUCCGCGGUCAUAGGGCGCCACCUUAGCGAUGUCUUCACCACCUCUCAGACGCUGUCGGACCUGGAAGCGCUGGUUCAGCGCACAACGGCGCACAGCGCAAGCGCGUGUCAGAUCAGCGGGCCGCGCCCGGGGCAGUCGUACUGCGUGUCGGCGUGCCGCACGGGCGCGGGAGUGGUGCUGAGCGUGGAAGACGACAACGAGCAAGACUUACAAGAGGUCGAUGUCCCUCCUCCGUUAUCGGCGCCGGGAGGGCCGAGCCCGGCGUCGGCGGCGCCGUCGCUGCCGUUCCACCAGCUGGCGCGGCGCGCCAUCGACCGCAUGCAGAGCAUCAACAGCGUGUCGCCGCACGUGCACGCCUUCUGCGACGCCGCCGCGCAGGAGCUGCGCACGCUGACGGGGUACGACCGCGUCAUGAUCGCGCACAUCACCGAAGAAGCCUGCUGCAAGAUCAUAGCGGAGUCAUGUGUGAGCGAGCUCACAUCGUUCCGCGGAAAGCACUUCCCUCUGCCGCCCGUGCCCAAGAUAUGGACGGAUGAGGCCAUCAAGCAGCACAUCCCCAUGCGCUUCAUCUAUGACACGUCAGCAGGGCAAGUGCCCAUUCGCCACGUGGCCUCCCUAUCCACCCCGCCUGAUCUCAGCCUCUCCCCACUCUCAGGCGUGGAGAGCGCGCAGAGGCAGCUGCUGCGCGCAAUGGGCGUGUGCGCGGUGCUGCUGAUGCCACUAGCGCUGCACGUGGGGGAGCGGCACGUACUGUGGGGCUUCGUGCUCUUCCACCACUACAACCGCCCCUGGACCGUCACCUGCGCGCACCGCGCCGCCUGCACCUUCAUCGUUCAGGCCCUGCGCGCGCACCUAGCGACGCGGGUGAAGAGCGAGGAGCGCGCGGAGCGGCGUCGGCAGGAGGCGAUGCAGACGAGCAUCUGUGACCGGCUGACGUACCAGGUGGCGCCGUCCCUCGUCACGGAAAGCCCCUCCAUCAUGGACCUCGUGCCAUGUGACGGAGUGGCAUACGUGCACACGGAGAGGGCGCAGGUGGUCACCUUUGGCACGUGCCCCACAGACGACCAGGUGCUGGCCAUGGUGGCAUGGAUGCAGAGCUCAUCCCGCCUGUGCGCGACCAAGCCUGUGUUCGCGCCACUGGUGUCCUCCUCUGCGCGUCCGGGCGACUGGGGCCCUGCAUGGGCGCUGCACUGCACCGUGGCCGCUGCUGCCAUCGCUGACGCUGACGUGCUGCUCUGGUUCCGCCACCGCCAGCAGCGUCAUCUGGACUGGGCGUGGACAGAGCCGCUCACAGCAGGGGCGCCGCACUGCGGCACGGGCAAGGGGGGCACGGGCAAGGGGGGCACGGGCAAGGGGGGCACGGGCAAGGGGGGCGGUGCUGACGGCACCAAGGGGGGCAGGAGAGAGAGUUGGCUUGGCACGUGCCCGUUUGAUGUCUCUGUUGCACUUGUGCGAUUCCAUUCUCACCCGCCCUUGCUUCUCUCCCGUCUGCCUGCUUCUCCUCCUCUGCCCUGUUUCCCUCGCUCCACCUCCUUCCCCCUCUUCCCCUCCUCCCACCUCCCACCUCCUCAUCCCCAUCCCCCCCCCCCCCCCCCCUCCCCCUCCUCCCCACUCCUCCCCACUCCUCCCCUUCCUCCCCCCGUUCUCCCCCUUCCCCCCGUUCUCCCCCUCCUCCCCGGGCAUGGUGGCAUGGCAUGGCAGGUGAGUGCAGUGGAGGGGCUGCAGCGCAUGGCGUACGACGCGCUCAGGGGCAACAGCGAGCCCAUGAAGACCAUGAUCCUCGUGCGGCUGAACGAGGAGAGGCUGAGGGCGAUGCAGGACCUGGCGAUAGUGGCUCGGGACCUGGGGCGAAUGAUGGACAUCGCACACACGCCCAUCCUCGCUGUCGCCCGUGACGGCCGCAUCACCGAGUGGAACCAGCGCCUCGCACACCUCACCCGCCGCCCCAAGGCGUCAGUGGUGGGGCAGCUGCUGUCAUCGGUGGUGUGUCCAGGCAGCAUGCAGCAGCUGGAGGCGCGGCUGCAGCAGGUGAUGGCGGGCAAGGGGCAGGCUCAGGAACACGUGGAGAUCCUCCUGCGCUGCCCGCCCAAGGGCAAGCCCGCGCCUGGCGCACCCGGCGGGAAGGGGCACGGGAACGGCAGCGACGGAGACGGGGAGGAGGAGGAGGAUGAGAAGGAGGAGGGGAAGGAGGCGGGUGAGGAGGGCGGGGAGGGUGAGGAGGAGGAGGAGGUGAUGGUGCUGAUGGCGACGGUGUCCCCCCAGCGGGACGGGCUGAAUGAGAUCGUGGGGGCGACGAUGAUUGGGCAGGAUGUGACGGAGCAGCGCCGCACCAUGCAGCAGUGGGCGGAGAAUGAGACGCGCGCCGUGCCCAGCGACUAUGAGCAGAUCCUGGACAAGGCCAGCAUGCCCAUCUGGGCUGUGGAUAAGGAUGGAAGGAUUGUCGAGUGGAAUGCGUCCAUGGCUAAGACGAGCGGCAUCAGCAAGGAGCAGGCGGUGGGGAAGCGAAUAAUGGGCGACCUGGUGGGCGACGAGCGCGUGCUGAUGGUCCCCGACAGCGACACGCUGCUCUCCCUCGACUUCGCCAUCCAGCGCGCCCUCGCCGGCCACCGCACGCCCACCCUCAACUUCCGCUUCGUCAACCACGAGGGCCGCCAGGUCGAGUCGGUCAUCAGCAUGCGCGCGUGCCACGACCCCAGUGAUGAUGAUGCCGGCGGGGCGGACGGAGGAGGCGCGGGGAAAGGCUCGCGCGUGCUGUGCUUCAUGCAGGACGUGACCAUGCGGAAAGCGGUGGAGAAGGCCAUGGUGGUGCGGCACGCGGCGGAAGCGGCGGAAGAUGCGAAGUCCAGGCACCUGGCUUUCCUGUGCCAUGAGAUUCGCAACCCGCUGAAUGGUAUCCUCGGGAAUAUCACCUUCAUGGAGGAUACGCGGCUGUCGGAGGAGCAGCAGGAGCUGGUGGAAACCACCGCGACGUGCGGUUACCAGCUGCGGAAGAUCGUGGAGGAUGUGUUGGAUAUGAGUCAGAUACAGGAGGGGCGGAUAGAGCUGGAGAGGCAUGAGCUGCACCUGCCGCGGAUAGUGAACGCGGUGGUGAGCCAGGUGGGGCUGGCUGCGGCUAAGAAGGGCCUGCAGCUGUAUGCGAACAUCGACCCGCGCUGUAACGACGUGCGCCCGCUCGGAGAUGCUCCCAGGCUGCAGCAGAUCCUAUCCAACUUCGCAUGGAACGCUGUCAAGUUCACCCACGCGGGGUGGGUGGAGAUCGGCAUUGCCAUGGACCACACGCACCUCCCCUCGCCCUCCUCCUCCUCCUUGUCCGCUCUCUCCAAGUCAGCAUCCGGCGCAAGCGGCAAGGGCAAGGCGGGCAGCAGCAGCGGGGGAGGAGGCGAGGGCGCGGAGGGCGAGCAGGAGAGCGCGCGGUUUGUGUUUCGAGUGGCGGACUCGGGGGAGGGCAUCCCGGAGAGCCUCAAGCAGCGCCUCUUUGAGCAGUUCGCUACUGGCCGCAAGUCCGCCUCCAGCCAGUACGGCGGCACAGGCCUAGGCCUGUCAAUCUGCCAGCAGCUAGCGUCGCUGAUGGGAGGGGAGAUCAAGUGCACAUCGGAGGUGGGCAAGGGCUCUGUCUUUUCCCUAGAAGUGCAACUGCACCUCCUCCCCCCCCACACCCACACCACCGCUGCUGCCACCACCCCAAAGGCCCUACCCGCGCCCCCUUCCCCUUCUUCCUCCCCCGCCUCAUCCCCUCCGCGCUCCCCUUCCGCCCCUGGCCCCCUGGCUCUGCGUCCGCGCUCUCCCCCACCCGCUCAAGCCUCUGGCGCUGCUGUGCUGGCUGCAGGCGCGGGGGUGGGUGAGGGGGCGGGCAGUGCGGUAGGGCAGGCGCGGGGGCAGGCAGAAGGGGGAGCAGUGCGGCAGCAAAGGGACGGGAGGAAGGGGGGAGUGGUGGAGGGAGGCAGUGGGGAGCAGGGUGGGGGGGGUGCGGGGAUGGGGAGCGAUGGAAGUGAGUUGGAUAAGAAGGAGCAUGGUGAAGGGUGGUUGCAGGGUAAGGGGACGGGCGAUUCUGGGUUGAGGGUGCAGCAGCAGCAGCAGCAGCAGCAGCAGCCGCAGCAGCAGCAGCAGCAGCAUGGAGGGAGAGAGGCGGUGGUUUCUGAACGAGCAUUGGAGCACAGGGGAGGAGCGGCGAGGGGUGGGGAGCAAAGCACUCAGCUGGCAAGUGCGGGGCAUGCAGCAGCAGGCACACACCGGCGCGGCCAUUCAGAUCCAGCAGCACGGGCAGUGGCUUCGGUGGUGACAGGGGGAGGGGGAGGAAAGGAGGGAGAGCCGGUGUUCGGACAACUGGGAGGAGGAGGAGGAGCAGGAGGAGCAGGAGGAGGAGCAGGAGGAGGAGCAGGAGGAGGAGCAGGAGGAGGAGCAGGAGGAGGAGCAGGAGGAGGAGCAGGAGGAGGAGCAGGAGGAGGAGCGGAAGGAGGGGGUGGUGAGUUCCGAGAGCCAUCGUUUCAGUCAGGAGAGGCAGCAUCAUCAGAGGGGCCUGCAGCGCACAUGCUGCACACGCUCUUACUCAACUCCCGCCUCCACAAAUCAUCCCCCUCGCUCCGCCCGCCCCCAUCAGCAACCUCUCCUCCCAAGCGAAGCCCAUCCACCUCCUACUCCUCUGCACACCCCAUCAUCCAUCCCUCCUCCUCCUCGCCCUCCCUCCCCUCUCUACCCGUCUCCUGCUCCGCCCCCCCUGCCUCGUCCACUCCCACCAUCCCCCCUUCUCCCCGCCCUCCCUCUGCCCCGCGCUCGCCCUGCCGCCCACCCACACCAGGGAAGGGGGGAGCGCAGAGAGGGAGUGGGGGAGGGAGCAGCUUGGCAGGUGCAUCAGGCACAGCAGGUGCGCGCAGCAGUGUGAGCGGCGGUUUGGAAACAGGUCGGCAGCAGCAGCAGCAGCAGCAACAGCAGCAGCAGCAACAGGAACAGCUGCAGCAGCAGCAGCAAGCACCACAGCAGCAGCGUUUUCAGCAGGGCCUUCCUGGGCUGGCAGUUGUGGUGGAGCAGGGGUACGAUGAAUCGCACGCCACACCUUCCCACCACACUGCACCGCAUGGCUCCUCUCCUGCUUCUUCCUCUGCUGCUGCCGCCGCUGCCGCUGCUGCUGCUGCUGCUGCCGCUGGUGUCGCUGCUGGUGAUGGUGGCAGUUUCAGUGAAGCGAGUCCAGCAAGUAAUCUGCCUGGGGGGUUCAACAUUGAAGCACUCACAUCAGGCAACCAGCCUGACCCCAGCAACCCUUGGACCUUCGACCACCACACCAGCCCGCAGCACUACAGCCACUACCCGCCACUGCCCCGUGCCGGCGCCCCAUCUCCCCGUCAUAUGGCCGCCUCGCCCGAAGCCAUGCGCGCUGACUCGCUGCUGAGUCAGCUGCCGUCCUCGGUGUUCCACCUGGCGCGGCCGGCACUGAGGGAGCGAAUGGCAGCCUCGUCCAGCGGAGCCACCCCCACUCGCUCCUUCACCGAUCCAUCCCGCCGCUCCUUCCCCCCCCGCUACCCCCCGUCCGAUGCUCCCUCUGCUGCUGCAGCCAACGGUGCUGCUGGUGCCAGUGGCGGCAGCAGCGGCAUUCUGCAGAGGUCGCUGUCGUCUCCUUUAACCGGUGCUCCAGCACCGAUCCGUGGCAUUCCGUCAGCAGCAGCAGCAGCAGCGCACUCACAGCAUGCCGCUGCGUCGCUGAUUGCGCCGCCCCCUGCCAGCAGACCCAUGGCAGCGUGUGCGGAUGGGAGUGUGGAGGGAGUGGGCGAAGGAACGAAGGUGGUGGCGAGCGAUGCUGUGGCGGUGCUUGUGGAGCUGACUGUGGGGUCUACGGUGCGGCAGCAGUGGGGCGCCAUGCCCUGCCCGCCCCCCAUCACGCCUGCCCUCAUGCUCCCCGCUGCCACCUCGCAGGCUCUCUCCGCUGCUGCUGCUCUGUUCGGGGUUACUCUGGCUGGCGGGGCAGCAGGGGCAAGGGGGACAGCAGGGGCAGGGGGGGUGGCAGGGGCAGGUUUGGUGGCGGGAGCAGGGGGGGUGGCAGGCGCAGGGGGGGUAGCAGGAGCAGGGGGGACAGCAGCAGGGAGCUCACCAUACUUCUCUCGAGAAGCAUCGAAGCUCAUGGGCGCUUUGAACAUGUCUCUGCACAAGGCAACAACUGCCCCUGCCGCCCUCGCUGCACCCACCCAGCAAGAGCCCUUGCCUGUAACAGGAGGCGUAACGGCAGCAGCGGCAGCGACAGGAGCAGGGGCAGGGGCAGCGAUACCAGGCACAGCAAGCAGUGCACGGAGCCUGCCGGUGCCAAGAGUGGAAGGGGCGCAUGGAGCAGGGGCAAGGCAGGCUGGUGGCUCGGGCGAGGCGGGGGAGAAGGAGUUUAAGGUGCUGGUGAUUGAUGAUGAGCCUGUCAACAUACGGGUGGUCAGGCGAACUCUUGAAAGGGCGCAGUUUGAGGUGGUGGCGGGGUCCGAUGGCACGGACGCCGUGGAGCGAGUCAUCAAGCGCGGAGAGCGCUUUGAUGCUCUGCUGCUUGAUGAGAGGCUCAAAGUUAUGAAUGGCAGUGAGGCGUGCAUGCGUGUGAGAGAGUAUGAAGCAGCCAAUGGGCUCCUGGAGACGCCGAUUGUGGCCAUUUCAGCCAAUGUGGAGCCUGACGAUAUUAGGCGGUAUGCCAUGGCAGGGUAUUCAGCUGUGCUUGGAAAGCCAAUCAAUGUGCGAACAGCAGGCACCCGGUUACGUGCUCUUUUGAAAGCUUUUAAGCCGCCCACGCCGAGUCGGCGGGCGGAGCUACAACAAGGCUCUAAUGUGAAGAUAUGCAGGGAGGACGAGAUGAUAAUUUUCUCUUGA